UGGUGGUGGGGAUUCAGCCCGGGGGACAUCGAACAAAGGUUGGUCGCGUCGAGAGCCGCAUUCACGAUUCAAACAUGGCAGCGGCUACCAGCGUUGUCGUCCUGGACAGGGGCAACAAUACCACCUGCACGAUCAAUCUACACGGUGCGACCGUUGUGUCAUGGCGAGUGAACAAUCAGGAGCAACUCUUCGUUAGUAAGCAGGCUGUAUUCGACGGGAAGAAGGCCAUUAGAGGAGGCAUACCAUUUGUCUUCCCACAAUUUGGACCGUGGACAUUUGGCCCACCCCAUGGAUUUGCCAGGAUCGUUCGUUGGAACGUCGAAAAAUCGCCAGAACGAUUGCCUAGCGGAGACGUCGAAGCAAUAUUCUCGAUAAUGGAUAGCGAAUUUACACGGUCAAUGUGGAACUACUCAUUCAGAUUAACGUACAGGUUAAUUCUACGAGAGAAAGAACUUCACUUCCACAUUGGCGUAUAUAAUCCCAGCAAAGAUCAUACCUUUAGCUUUAAUAUUUUGCUACACACCUAUUUCAAAGUUCCAGACGUUAGAAGAUGCCAGAUUACAGGAUUGCACGGAUGCACAUUUAUUGACAAGACAAGGGACAACCAGAUUUUUCAAGAAGGUCGUGACGUGGUGACAGUAUGCGAAUGGACCGAUAGAAUCUAUCAGAAUACGCAGGGUGAGCACAUCAUCACGAACGUAGUUUCCGGAAGGAAGAUGCGCGUACAAAAGUACAAUUUUCCGGAUACGGUAGUUUCGAAUCCUUGGCAAGAGAAGGCUCGUGAUAUACCAGAUUUUGGAGACGAUGAAUUUCCUAACAUGAUAUGCGUCGAGAGUGGACACGUCAGUAGUCCGGUGAUACUUUUACCGGGCAUGACUUUUGAAGCCAGCCAGAUAUUGCAGGUGAUGUGAGUAGAGGGUGGACCAAGUUCUCACGCAAGCAGUGCUACCGGCAAUAGCGGUGCAUUGCUUCCGUCCGUCGUCUCCUCAGCUUCAGGUACGACCGUUUGGUCGAGCACCAAUCCAGGUUGGCGUUACAUGCCACCACCACCACCACCACCACCUCCACCACCACCGCCACCGCCUCCACCACCGUCAUCACAGUCAGCAAUCUCUUCCGCGCAUUCAACUCAACAUCAUCUCUCGCAACAGCAACAACAACAGCAACAACAGCAACAGCAGCAACAACAGCAACAACACGCACAUCAUCACCAUCAUCAUCAUCAUCAUCAUCAUCAUCCACCUCCUCCUCCUCCUCCUCAUCACCAUCAACAACAUCAUCAACAUCAUCAACAUCCCUCGCAACUACAUCCUCAUUGCAUCGCUCAAACUUGCACCAUUUGCUCUCUCAAUCUCUAAAUCAUUCAAAUACGAAAUUUUUUAUAUUAUUUAAUCGCAUAAACUCCUUCGUAAUUAAUUUUGCAAGCAAUACGAAACUCGUCGAUGGAUUUCUCAAACUUAUAAUAAAUUUCUCCUAUGCUAGGACGUACGUAUAUAUAUAUAUAUAUAUAUAUAUAUAUAUAUAUAUAUAUAUAUAUAUAUAUACAUACGUACAUAUAUGUUAGGUUGAUUCAUAAAUAUAAUUAAGAAUUUAUUGUAAUAAGCUUUUUAUUUAUUUACGAAUCAACCUAAUGAAUAUGAUAUUUUCUCAUCAGAAUUCUUAUAUAGUUAUUAUGAAUUGAUAUAUGAAUAAGUUUCGGCUUGCUUCUUUAUGAAUGAACACAAUUUUAAACUCGAUUUUAAGUUCACUUUUAGUUUCUUUUUUGAAUUUAGUAAAUAAUCCUUCGACUCGAAUAAUGUUGCGAGGGAACGUAGUAUUGUUCUUAUCGUCUAAAUAUUAUUGUUCCACUAAUAAUACUAAUUGUAACAUUCUUAAAGAAAAAAAAAAGAAAAAACAAAACUGAACAAUUUCUCUAAGAUCUAUUGUAUCGCGUGCGUUCCUAUUUUAA